ACAUUGGCGUCACCAGCGGAGCGCUCAUUUUUGUCGCAGAAGAUUUCGAUCUCUCCCACGUGCAGCAGGAGAUUUUUGUUGGUAUCCUCAAUAUAGUCUCCCUCGUUGGCGCGCUAUCAGCCGGUAGACUUGCGGAUUUCGCGGGCCGUAGAUUCGCAAUGGGAGCAGCCGCUUCGAUUUUUAUCGCCGGAGCUCUCUGCAUGGCUUUCGCACCCACCUACGCUGUCCUCGUUACAGGUCGUGUCGUUACAGGUGUUGGUGUCGGUUUCGGUCUUGCUCUACCUCCUCUUUUCAUCUCAGAGAUUUCUCCGCCCGGGCAGCGUGGCGGGCUGGUUUCAUUCGGGGAGCUUUUUAUCAACAUUGGCAUCGUAGUGGGCUUCUUGACCUCCUUUCUUCUUUCCGGGCUGCCCGUGGAUUCAGCCUGGAGGUGGAUGUUGGGGCUGGGAGCCGUUCCGGGAUUUAUCCUCGCAGUAGGAGUGGUUUUCCUGCCCGAAUCCCCGCGCUGGCUGAUCAUGCACGGGCAGGUGAAAAAAGCCAAGGAUAUCCUGCUCACCAUAUCCGACAGCAAACAGGAGGCCCAUGAACGAAUGUUAGAAAUCCUAGAAGCAGCAGGGCUGAAGGAAGAAGUUAUUAGCAAAGGCCCAGCAGCAGGCUCGGAAUUUUCCCCUGCCCGGGGCAGAAGCAAUUCCCGCGACCGGCUGGAAGGCAGCGGGGGCGAGGGUGGGGAAGGGACAGUGUAUGUGGACGAAGAGGAGCAGGAGAUUCACGUGAUACGGGCAAUGGAGGGGGCGGGCGGGAAGGGGGUAUGGAAGGAGCUUCUGUGGCCGACACCGGCAGUGGGGAGAAUGCUGGUGGUGUGCGUGGGCACGAAUUUCCUGCAGCAGGCGGUGGGGAUCGACGCGGCUGUGUAUUACUCGCCUGUGGUGCUGCGGGAUGCUGGGAUUACGUCGACGCGCGCGCUGCUGGGGGCGACUCUGCUGAUGGGGGUGAUCAAGGUGUCGUUUGUGGGUAUUGCCACGUGUAUGCUGGACCACUUUGGCCGGAGGCCGCUGCUGCUCGUGUCCACUGCAGGCAUGACGGUUGCUCUCCUAACUCAAGCCCUGGCCUUCCUCAAGCUGCCAACCGCUGUUGACGUAGACGUCUCUUCGACCGUCACUGCCACCACAGGAGUCCCAGCUGCCGCCAUCGUUGCUUUCACCGGGCUCUGCUUUUACGUCGCCUUUUUCUCGAUCGGCAUUGGCCCCAUUAACUGGCUUUACACCUCCGAGAUCUUCCCCCUGAGGCUGCGGGCACAGGCGGCUGGUAUCGGCACGGCUGUGAACAGGAUCGCGUCUGGAGUGGUAGCGAUGACGUUUCUGAGUUUGGCGGAUGCGACGGGGAGUCCUGCGGGGCCGUUUUUCAUGUUUGCUGGGAUGGGAGUGGUUGGAUUUGUGUUCUUUUAUUUCCUCGCGCCGGAGACGAGAGGGAAGAGCUUGGAGCAGAUAGUGAGGAUGUUUGAAAAGGGGACGUACGCGUGGGUGAAGGAGGCUCCGGAGGAGAUUCCGAGCGUGGGGUUGGCGGUGUAUGAUGGGAAUAAGAUGCAGCAAGGGUGGGGGGAGACGGAUUCGAGCCCCAGCAGGACACCCCGGGAUGUGUGUGUCAACCGAGCGGUCGCGGCGAUGAGGAAAAAGGUGGACGCGAGAAUUCGAACCCUCGUCGAGAAUGGUGUCAAGUCACGGCAACGGUCCAUGUUCGUGAUCGUGGGGGACAAGGGACGCGAGCAGGUGGUGAAUCUCCACUACAUGCUCUCCAAGGCCGUGGUCAAGGCGAGGCCCAACGUGCUCUGGUGCUACAAGAACGACCUCUUUCUCAGCAGCAACCGCAAGAAGCGAAUGAGGCAGAUGAAGAAGAUGAUGCAGAGGGGGCUGCUCGACCCCGAGAAGGAAGACCCCUUUGCCCUCUUCAUGGCAUCUACUGCCAUCCGCUACUGCUACUAUGCUGAGACGCACAAGAUCCUAGGGAACACCUUCGGCAUGUGCGUGCUGCAGGACUUUGAGGCGCUGACUCCCAACCUGCUGGCACGCACGAUAGAGACGGUGGAGGGUGGGGGCAUCGUCGUGCUGCUGCUCUCCUCCCUCACCUCCCUCUCCCGCCUCUUCGCUCUCGCCAUGGACGUGCACGCACGCUACCGCACGGAGUCCCACGGGGAUGUGGUGGGGCGAUUCAACGAGCGCUUCAUCCUCUCCCUCGCCUCCUGCCCCACGUGCUGUGUGAUGGACGACGAGCUCAACAUCCUGCCGCUCUCCUCCCAUAUGCGCCACCUGCAGCCAUCACCGCUUACAGAGGGCGAGGCAGUGGAAUCAGAAUCAGACCGCGAGUUGAAAGAACUCAAGGAGUCGCUAGCCGACACUCAGCCCGUGGGGGCGCUGGUGGCGACGUGUCGCACGCUGGAUCAGGCCAAGGCAGUGGUGACGUUCCUCGAUGCCGUGUCUGAGAAGACCCUGCGAUCGACGGUUGCGAUCACUGCUGCCAGAGGAAGAGGGAAAUCGGCUGCGCUGGGAGUGGCUGUGGCUGGGGCUGUGGCUCUUGGCUACUCCAACAUAUUUGUGACGGCGCCGAGUCCGGAGAAUCUGAAGACGCUGUUUGAGUUUGUGUUCAAGGGCUUUGACGCCAUCGGGUACAAGGAGCACAUAGACUACGAGCUCGUGGAGAGCACCAACCCCGCCUUCAACCGCGCCAUCGUGCGAGUGAACGUGUUUCACCAGCACAGACAGACCAUCCAGUACGUGAUGCCACAGCACGCGGAGCGAGUGCAGCAGGCAGAGCUGCUCGUGAUCGACGAGGCAGCGGCCAUCCCCCUGCCCAUGGUCAAGGCGCUGCUGGGGCCCUACCUGGUGUUUAUGGGCUCCACUGUUAAUGGUUACGAAGGCACGGGGCGAUCCCUCUCCCUGAAGCUCAUCCAGCAACUCAGGGAGCAAUCCAAAGGAGCCGCCGCUGCCGGCGCUGGUGGUGCUUCUGCAACUGCUGAUGCCAGUGGUGGCGGUGGUGGUGGGGGUGGGGUGAGUGUGCGGGUGUUGAGGGAGGUGGAGCUACAGGAGCCGAUCCGGUAUGCGGAGGGGGAUCCUGUGGAGAAAUGGUUGAACCACCUGCUGUGCCUCGAUGCCACUUCGCACGUACCCAAGCUACAGGCCCGCAUGCCACACCCAGAUGAGUGCGAGCUGUUCUAUGUCAACCGAGACACACUCUUCUCCUUCCACUCUGCCUCAGAGCUCUUCCUCCAGAGAAUGAUGGCACUAUACGUGUCCUCUCACUACAAGAACACGCCCAACGACCUCCAGCUCAUGUCCGAUGCACCAGCUCACCACCUCUUCGUCCUCCUCGGUCCUGUGGACGAGACGCAGACAUCACUACCCGAUGUGCUGUGUGUGCUGCAGGUGUGUCUGGAAGGAGAGAUUUCUAGAGCAUCAGCACUCAAAGGUCUCUCCCAGGGACAUCAGCCCACGGGCGAUCUGCUGCCUUGGACGCUCUCCCAGCAAUUUCAAGACUCUGAGUUCCCCUCACUCUCUGGUGCUCGGGUGGUUCGGAUCGCCGUUCAUCCCGAUCUCAUGCACGCGGGAUAUGGAUCCAGAGCCGUUGAUCUGCUGGCCAGGUACUAUGAGGGGCAGUUGACAAGCAUGGGGGAGGAUAGCGAGGAAGAGAGUGAGGAGGAAGAGCAAGGGGGACAGCGGCACUCCAAGGCUGUUCAAGAGGCUCGGGAGAAUGGAUCGGGAUCAUUGUUGGAGGAGCAAUUGGCCCCGCGGUCAGGCCUGCCGCCUCUGCUACAGCCGGUGGGGGAGAGGCGGCAGGAGCAGCUGCACUACGUGGGCGUGUCGUUUGGGCUGGGGCAGCAGCUGUUUAAUUUCUGGCGGAGGCAGGCAUUCGUUCCUCUUUACGUCCGGCAAACCCCUAGUGACAUCACAGGAGAGCACACGUGCAUCAUGCUCAAGCCUCUCCGGAAUGAUGACUUGGGCCCGGCUGACUCCAAGGACUCGUGGCUUGGCUCCUUCUCUCAAGACUUCCACCGCCGCUUCCUCUCGCUCCUCGGUUUCUCCUUCCGGCCCCUGCCGCCUGCCCUCUGCCUCAGCAUUCUGGACCCGCAGAUUGAGUUCGCAGAGGCAGCGGCACGGGAAGCAGUGGUGCCGGCAGGGCUGAUGGAAGGGAAGGCGGCGCUGCUGUCACCGUAUGAUAUGAAGAGACUCGAAUCAUACGCCAACAACCUGGUGGACUAUCACCUGAUCAUGGACCUCAUCCCCCCUGUCGCCCGCCUCUACUUCCUGGGUCUCAUCCCUGCCUCUCUCUCCUACGCGCAAGCUGCGAUUCUCCUCUCCUUCGGUCUGCAGCACCACGAGCUCUCCACCAUUGAGGCGAACCUUCGGCUGCCCGGGACGCAAGUUCUUGCUCUGUUCAACAAGGCGAUCCGGAAGAUUCACAGUGUUCUGUACGCCGCUGCUGCACGCACCAUAGAGGCUGCUCUCCCCAGAAUCAAAGAGGUGGACCUGCGACCCCACCCGCAGUCAGUGGAUGAAGACCUAGCAGAGGCGGCAGAUCAGGCCAAGAAGGUGAUCAAAUCCCGGCUGGAGGGGGCGGCAGAGCCUGACACAGCCACCCUGCUGACGUCACUGACACCUGGACAGAUGCAGGAGUUCGCGAUCGACGGCCGAGAUGAGGACUUUGUGGCUGCGAUCGCUGCAGGAGGGGGGAAGCUUCCAGGAAGCGGUGUGCUGAGUAUCAAGGCACAGGGUGGAGGAAAGAAGAGGGGUAGUGCUGGGGAUGGAAUUUCGGAUGGUGCUGAGGGGGGGAAGAAGAGGAUGAAGGCUUGCAUGCGGCUCAUUGGACUGCGGCUGGCUGCCCAACGGCUCCCAGCCCAAUAUAUCUUCGCAUCGUCCAAUCCGCAACACGCUCUUGCCUUCCAUGCUCCUCGGGGACAGCCAAGCUGCGCCACUUCCGGUACUGCAGCCGUUGCCACGUCAGCACUUCCCGUCCCACUGCAAGCCAAGCGCAUCUGGCUGGCUCCUUGCGCGGACGCCCUCAGCGCCCCGCGUGUCGCUUCCGCGCGCCCAUCCCUCUCAGCGGAAGCACUGGCGGGCCGCACGCGUGUGCGCGUGGAAGCGCAAGCAGGUGCGGGAGCGGCGGAAGUUCCCCCACCGGAGACCAAGCUAUACGACUUUGUGGUUAUCGGGAGCGGCAUUGCCGGUCUCCGAUUCGCGCUAGGCGUCGCGGCGAAGGGCACUGUAGCGGUGGUGACUAAAGCCGAGCCGCAGGAGGGCAGCACGAACUACGCGCAGGGCGGCGUGAGCGCGGUCCUGGAUCCGCUAGAUUCGAUCGAAAAUCAUAUCUCGGAUACGAUCGUGGCGGGCGCGUAUCUGAACGACGUGGAGGUCGUGGAGGUGGUUUGUCGCGAGGGACCGGAGCGCGUGCGCGAGCUGAUGCGCAUGGGCGCAAGCUUCGACCGCGGGGACGACGGGCGGCUGCUGCUUGCGCGCGAGGGGGGGCACUCGCACUCGCGGAUCGUUCACGCGGCGGACGUGACCGGGCGGGAGAUCCAGCGCGCGCUGCUGACCGCGGCGCAGAAGACGAAGCGGAUCGAUAUGUUUGAACACCACAUGGCGAUCGACCUGCUGACGCGACAGGAGGACAGCGGGAAGAGCACGUGCUACGGCGUGGAGGCCCUGGACACGGAGACGGGGCAGAUCAUCCGCUUUAUAGCAGGAUCCACGCUGCUCGCUACAGGGGGGGCAGGCCACGUGUACCCCAACACCACCAACCCCACGGUGGCAACUGGGGACGGGGUGGCUCUGGCGCUCCGUGCAGGCGCUGUCAUCUCCAACAUGGAAUUCAUCCAGUUCCAUCCAACAGCCCUUGCGGACGCGGGUCUGCCCAUCCAACCCCCCGGCCCGCGCCCCAACUCCUUCCUCAUUUCCGAAGCUGUUCGAGGGGCAGGCGGGCUGCUGUACAACCAAGCAGGGGAGCGCUUCAUGCUUCACUAUGACCCAAGGGCAGAACUCGCCCCCCGCGACGUGGUAGCUCGGUCAAUCGACGACCAGCUGAAGCGUCGCGGCGAUCUGUUCGUCUAUCUCGACAUCAGCCACAAACCGACGGACGAGAUCCUCCGACACUUCCCGAACAUCGCGGCCGAGUGCAAGCGGUGGGGGGUGGAUAUCACUAAGGACCCGAUCCCGGUCGUCCCCGCCGCGCAUUACAUGUGUGGGGGGGUGCAGACGGGUCUGUUUGGGGAGACUUCGAUCCGAGGGUUGUGGGCGGCGGGGGAAGUGGCUUGCACGGGGCUGCAUGGGGCGAACCGGCUGGCGUCGAAUUCGCUGCUGGAAGCGCUGGUGUUUGCGCAGAGAGCAGUGGAGCCGGCGAUUGCACAUGCGGUGGCAGCUGCACCAUUGAACCAUGUGCUUGCGGGGUUGCCUGAUGGGAGGGAUAUGGAUGGGGCGAUGUGGGGGGGAGAGGAGUGGGAGGGGGAGGGGGAAGGGGAGGGGGAGGAGGUGAAGGUGGUGGGGUUGAGCAGGGGGGAUUUAGGGGCGGUUGCUGCUGCUGGAGUGACCGCUAAGUACAGAGAGCAGCUCAAGGCCAUCAUGUGGCGCUAUGUCGUGAUUGUUCGAUCCACCGACCGCCUCCGAAUAGCGCAGCGGGAGAUUGAAUAUACCCUCCCCUACCUUUCCCUGCUCCCAUUGUAUCCCCAGGCUAUCAUGUGGCGCUACGUCGGGAUUGUCCGAUCCACCGACCGCCUCCGAAUAGCGCAGCGCGAGAUUGACACGCUGGCAUCCGCCUGGCGCGCCGACCUCCAGACCAAUGUGCUGCUGCCACGUGGCGCCGUCUCAAUGGAGACGUGCGAGAUGGAGAAUCUUAUCAACGUGGCGUCGCUCGUUGUGCGCAGCGCACUGAGGAGGAGGGAGAGCCGUGGUUUGCAUUUCACCACGGAUUUCCCAGGACAGUCGGAAUCGGCUAGUCUGCAUACAGUGUUGGUGGCGGGGUGUUUAGAUGAAGAGGAGGAUGAGUGGGAGGAGGGUGGAAGGGAGAGGGAGAGGGAGCAUGAUAGUGACGGGGCGGGUGAUUUGGAGGCGAGGUUUGGGGCCACGGAGAGGCUCGGGUGGACCACGUGGUGGAGGCAAUCCGGGCCUGUGGUUCGGCAGACAGGCUCGGGUGCGGGGCAGGCUCGGCCCGUGCAGAGGAGGGCGGGUGGUGCUAGGAGGAGACAGGGAGGUCCUUUGCGGCCACAAGCGAAGCCGACUAUGAAGGGGAAAACAGAACGGUUGGGGAGCCAGCCUCCGCCUCAAUAA